AUGGCCUCAGCUGUCGCCUUGGCCGCUUGCGCCACGAUGUGUGCGACGCUGCUGGGGUCGUUGAAGGAAGGUGUUUUACCCUGGCUGGAGGGUGAUGGCUGGCUGCCGAUACUGCUGCGAGUAUAUCUNGACUCGCACUCGGCGUGCGCUCUAGCAGCAUCACAGGCGGGGCUUGUGGCGAAGGAAGGAGGCCUGAUCAUCAACGGUGGUGCGCAGAACGUUGUUAAGGGUUAAACACUUUGCUUCUCUGUUCGUGGACAGAUUUGUAGCAUUAUUUGGAUGUGGGAUAUGACGAGCGGCGCUGACGGGUGGCUUUUGCGGUGCAUGCGUCACCACUUGUGUAGUGCUGCGGGCAUCCGUCGCCACUUACUUUAUUAGCAUCGACCGCGCUAACCGGCUGACCAAUUAAGAGACGUCAGUGCCAGCGGGUAAAAAUCAAGGUCCCUGGACGGGGGCCAAAAUUCGAAAAAUGCGGAAUGCGCUUGAUGCGAAUGCCAAUACGACUCUCUCCACAUGUUCUUUCACCAACACAUACACGGCCAUAGCUCCACACAUGCCCUCACCCGAACCUAGGAAGCCACUGAUGCAAAGAGCGGAGGACAGCAAAAGGGUUAUUUCAAGCCCAGCCGAAGCCAGGAUAUCGUGGUAUGCUGCAUCUCCCAAUUUGAUUAUUAUCGUACACUCCCAAGAUCUAACAGUCAUGGUGUCAGCAGCUAGAUGACUCACACAAAACAGUAGCACA